UAUUUUCAAGAAUUAUCCAAACUUGCAUAUUAGGUGUUUGAGAUUUGUUUUCACUCACUCAUGAUGAAGUCCUUUGGUACCUCUCCUAGGAAAUGCUUUUCAAGUUCCAACUCUGAUGAUAGCUUUGAAUCCACCAUAACAAACAAAGAAAGUGUAGAGAGUGGCACAAGAAAAAAAGGCAGCAGUUUUGCAUCUAGGAUUCAUGAACAUGUGAAAAUUGGUUCAAAACUAUCUGAGACUUUAAAGGGAAAGUUGAAUUUGGGAAAAAAGAUUAUACAAAAAGGUGGGAGAGGGAACAUUUUUAAGCACAUUUUUGGGAUGCAAGAAGAUGAGAAACUCUUGAAGGCUUCUCAGUGCUAUUUAUACACCACAGCUGGUCCUAUUGCUGGGGUUCUCUUUGUUUCCACCAAAAAGGUUGCAUUUUGCAGUGAAAAUCACAUAACUUUCUCUUCUUCAUCUGGAGAGUUAGUCAGUGCACCUUACAAGGUUUUGAUACCAGUACAAAAGAUAAGAGAAGUAAAUGAAAGCCAGAAUGUGAACAAGUUAAAGCAGAAGUACAUAGAAAUAGUUACUGAAGAUGAGUAUGAAUUUUGGUUUAUGGGAUUUUUGAGGUAUGAAAAAGCUUUAAAGAAUCUCCAUAAAGCAAUUUCUAAUACAAAUUAA